UUGUGACGUAAAGCCGGUAAAAGUAGCUGCAAACGAUAGAUUACUCCACGUGAGUGAUUACUUAUAACCUCAAAAAAAAGAUUGGUUUCAAAGUAUUUUUGAAAAAUGAGUACGAGUGACAAAAUGCAAUUAGAUGUGUGGAAAGGUGAUUGGGGUUUGCCGUCAAUUGAUACAGAAUGUUUGCAAGUUAUGGUGUAUGCAAGAUUUAAUGGGAUACCGUUAGAAGUAAAAGCGACAAAUAAUCCUUUCAAAACAUCGAAUGGUCGAUUACCCGUAUUAAGGACAAAACAUACUAGUUUGGAUAAAGUUAGCGAAAUAAUAUUGUACCUUAGAAAAACAAAUUUUGACUCGAUCUCUGAAAACAGCUCUAAAGAAUAUGCUGAAUUUAUAGCUUAUGAUACUAUGCUUAAAGAUAAACUGUAUCCUGCAAUGCAAUUUAUAUGGUGGCUAGAUCAAGCAAACCUCAACGAAUUAAUAAGACCUUGGUAUUGUAAAGCUGUGCCUUUUCCCUUUAAUUAUUAUUAUCCGAGUAAAUUUGAAAAUCAAGCUAAAGCUGUGAUAGAGACGUUGUAUCCUACAGAGGAUAAUAUGACUGUGAUAGAAAAUAAGGUAUAUUCAGAGGCUCAAAAAUGUUUAACGUCGUUAUCAACUAGACUUGGAAAUUCAAAAUAUUUCCUUGGUCAAUCCCAUACUAUGUUGGAUGCAGUCGUGUAUUCUUAUUUAGCGCCAUUACUAAAAACACCGUUAGUUAACCCUCCUUUGCAGAAUCAUUUGAAAGCAUGCACGAAUUUGGUCAAUUUUGUAACGCAUAUAUCGCAGAAAUAUUUUAGAGACGAAUAUAAUCAAUAUGAAAAACUUAAAUCUGAAAAUAAUAUAAAGAAAAUGAAAAAAGAUUCGUAUUCAGAAUUUCCUAACAAACGACGUGAUCAAGUAUUAGCUGGCAUAUUUGCUGUAGUAGCUAUGGUCGGUUAUGCCUUGUUAACAGGAAAAUUGGAGGUGCCAAUAAAGGACAAGAAAAUGAUUAACGAAGAUGAUGGAUAUAUAUUAAAUGAAGAUGAAGAUGAAUAAGAUUUAUUUUCAGAAGUAGCGCACUUCAUUUCUUCUAUGAAACUUUCAAAAUUAUGGACCGUGGUACCACCUAAAAUUAUUUGUACACCUGGAUUUUGUUUAUU